AUGGUAAAACGUAGCAGGAGAACGCGAAAAACGACGCCAAACUACAAAGAAGUGGUUCCAGACGAGGUGGUCGAAGUUUCUGAGGAAGAAGAAGAGGAUUUGGUUGAAGAUGACGAGACAGAAGAAGAAAUCAGAGCUUUCAAGAAACCAAAAUCUCAAUUGAAAACAACUACUCAGACUGAAUUGAAGUUCAACGCUACAAAACAAGUACAACCAGCUAAAAUAAUCAAUGAUUUAGUUCCGAGGGUCACUUCUAAUCAAGUUGAACAACUGCAACUGUUACAAUGGAUCGAUAAAUAUGCUCCGUCGAAAUCUAACGAUAUCUGUAUAAAUCCACAGAAACUCAGACAAGUACGACAACUUUUGUACGAUAUGAUCUUGAAUAAGUCCCACAAACGGUUGUUGGUAUUGACAGGACCAGCUGGAAGUUCUAAAUCAACUACCGUAAAGCUUUUAGCCGAUGAGAUCAUUGCUAGUUUACCUGAUCACCAACUUGACGAAUACGGUUUGCUAGGUACGUCAUCUGCUGAUCCUCAUUGGAUAGAGUAUUUGGAUGGGAACAGUGUUGAAGGUACCAAUCAAUCGGAUCUGUUUGAGGAGUUUCUCACGGAUGCGAAGUACCGGGUGGGCUCGAAUAUGGCUGUAGUGUUGAUCGAAGAGUUACCCAAUGUCUUCCACUACGAGACGCUACUCAAGUUCAGAAACAAGAUAAGAGAGUGGAUUUAUUGUAACGAAACCCUCCCGCCCCUCGUGAUAUGUUUGACAGAUGUAGAAUAUACUUCAGAACAAGGAACUCGUGACUACUCGUAUACUAUAGACAAUAACCUCACCAUGGACACACUCUUAGGCAAGGAGUUGGCCAAUCUGGCACAAGUAGAGCACAUCAAGUUCAAUUCGAUAGCCAAUCGCUUUUUGAAGAAAACGAUUGGGCAGUUAGUGAAGUCAGAAAGAAACGUAUUUAACAAAAUUCCGUAUAAGGAACUUACAGAAUUUAUGGACGAAAUCAUCAAGAUAGGUGAUAUUCGUUCAGUAAUCUUCAACUUAGAGAUGUGGGCUACCAACUACCUGAAGGAAGCCAAGUGGUAUAACCGUGAGAACCAGAUAAAUUUGUUCCACGCCAUUGGUAAGAUAAUCUACCUGAGUUCCGAGUUCAGUGAACUAUCUAGCGAUGAACGUGAUUACAAUUCUGUAGAACAGGUUUUGGCCAACUACACCAACAACCAGUUGCUAAACAUGGCUAUCCUUGAGAACUACCUGAUAUAUAAUGAUGCCCACUUUCCAGUAGAAUGCGGAAGUGCGAUUGUGGAUGCUCUUAGUCUUAAUGACCUCUUGACUGGCGAAGCCAAUCGAGAGUAUGCUAUUAGGAGCACAAGGCAAAUCUUGCAGGCGAUUCCUGCUAGUUCCAGCACCCGUAAGUCGAAGGUGAAGUUCCCCCGUCAAUUCAAGAUGGUCAGACAGUACAACAAGACAUAUGCCAUGAUACGUUCGUAUCAGCGGUAUAUCGAUCAUGAGCUGUUUCAGAAUCUAAACUUGCUUGAUGGCUACUAUCUUCCGCUUAUUUACAACAAAAGGCUGAAGACGAGAUUUCGCUACAACCGAUUGGGAGGUCGAUUUCACGAGAUACAUGCUGACGAGUCUAUGGGAACUAACGAAGAAGAAGAAGAGUCCCAAUUCUAUAAUAGGGACCAGUUCGAGAUUGACAUUACAGAAAAAAUCGCAGAGGAAGAAAGAGGUGACUAUAGUGACCAAGACGAGUUGAGCGAAGAAAUCUCUGAUUCUGAAAUUGAAGGUGAUCAAGGUGAUGACGACGACGAAGCAGGGUUUCUGUCUGAUCCCGAGUUGGAUGUGCUUAUAUCACAGGGAAGGCUAUGA